AUGGCAGUGUCGUCCCCGUUUCUUCUGGGCCCAAACGAAGACCCUGCAUUAUUAUGGAUCCCCCACCUGACCACGACAACAAAGGCCGCCGGAAAAAAAGGCCAUUUUAUCUGUGUCAUGGCCACAUUUUCAUCGUCUGAGGGCCAGUACGAGCGCCUUGGAAAGCUUCUCCAGCGAUUUGUCAUCCCUAUUGAACCAAAUGAACAACUUCUUCUUAACUCGGAUAUGUACGCAUUGAAGAUCUACCCAGCUUGUCAUAAUCCUCAGCAGUGGGCUAUCUCUAUUAUCAUAUUUAUGGAGUUGCCUUACUGUAUCAAUCAGUGGGCUUCUUGGGAGAACGAUACACGGGAAAUUGAGGGCUUAAAGCAAGAGAUGUACGAUGGGCUUGUGGACUGGAAACCUGACCGAAGUAAUAGCGACAACGCAUCGAUAUACUCGUGCCCUUCCAACACAUCUGCAUUUUCUAUCAACAGUAUGAAGUCGUUCUAUACCCAACAUCCACUCUGUGGAAGCAUUGCAACAUUGCAAACCAUCUUUGAAUCCACCACUCCUACAUAUCCUAGCUUCACCCUUGACGAUUUCCCACCUCCGCCUUCAAAGGUCUGCGCCGUAUACUAAAUGUAUCGUUCCAUCCACCCGCGUUAUUUGUGGUGCCCAUGUUCCGGCUGACCGUGAGCCGGGAGCCGUUAUCUCCUACAUUCACCUGUAUCGAUCAAUUGAAGUAUGUAUAUUACUAGGUAAUUUGUAUCUUUACACAAACUUGUAUUAAAUAG